AUGGACAUUGCAGAGCUGACGGAACUGCGCCAGAAACAUCCGGAGACUGAGAUUGGAGAGCGGUGGGAAGCACGGCGGGCAGAGAAUGCCAUCCCGCAUAAACGUGUCACCGCCAGCCAUAUGGAUGUCUCGGCCUUCAAGCAGAAGGAGAGCUAUUUCGACAAGUUCGAAGAGCUUGACUGGUACCCCUUGGAUUCCUACAUUCGGAAGGUGGCAGGCGAUGCCGUGCUUCGCAAUUUGGCUUCCGAGGCUCAGAAGAUCGAAUUUGUCACCAAGGAGCUUCGGCAAAAAAUCCAAUAUGACAAUGGAUCGCCAGGGGUAACAGUCCGAGUGCAUGAUGAUGGCAGGAAAAGGAUCAAUGCCGGCACCAGGACUGGGCUCACCAAGCGGCAAGACUUUCAGGCCGCAGACACCGAGGGUGUGGAGCAAAUCUUUCGAACCUACCAGCGGGGCAGUGGAAACCUAUUCUCUCAGGCGAUGUCUCUGGAACGUGUGUCUGAACAAUUCCAGCUCGCUGAGUGCGAGGAGGACGCUGACAUGCUACGAUCAGACCAGGACAUUGACGACUGUGAGCCUUCCUUGGCCUUGACCUUCGACGUGUUUGACGCAGAGAGUGCUACACCCAUGCCAAGCAACACCCACUCCCACCGCGGAAAAGGCAAGGGCGGGAAGGCAAAGCUGGCUGCAGUGAUGCCAAAUGCGGAUGAUGAUGUCGUGAUGGGUGGGGGUGGCUUCGAAGACCACCGACCAAUGGAGCCAGAUCAAGAAGCAAAGGGCAAAAAGGGUGGAAAGGGGAAAGGCAAGAAAGGCAAGGACCAGGCUCAGGUGAUUCCAUCUUCCGCUUCUGGCCCCUUGCAGAAGAAGCAGCUCGAGGCUUUGCAGAAGGCCCAAGAUCUGCUUAACAAGACCAAGCCAACUUUGAGCGAUGAAGCGAUUUGGAACAACAAUACGCGGCGCCGGGUCAUUGACGCUGCGAUCAAAUCCCUGACCACUGCAGAUGGAGCCCUCCUUCCGAUUGUGGACAUCUACAAGCCAGCCGAAGAAUUGAGCAGGGCGAUCACUGCUUGGUGCGACAACUUGGAGGUACGCUUCACAUUGCUUUCCAGCUUUCGAUCUUCGCCCUUUCAGUACUUGGUUGCUGGCAAUUUGGAUGACGCAACCUUCAACCAGCUCUUGGCAAUGCAAACGUCGAUGCUGAGCACAUUGAUCACCCAUGUGGCGAGCAUUGCGUUAAAGGGGAUUGAGCAGGAUGGCGCUAAAGGGGCUGAGGCUGCUCAGCGCUUUUUCAAUGUGAUUUCGUGCAGCAAUGAGCGCAUUUUGUCCGUUGGCACCAUCCAGUCAAAGAUUGCACGUCAAUCCGGAGAUAACGUGACUGAGAAGAACGCGGAGCUUGGAUCAUCAAUCGCUAGCAGCUUGCAGAUGCAACUGAUGGCCUUGUACUACGACCGCCUCUUCCGCGCGAAGAAUCCAGAGAAGUUCCGGCAGUGCCCAACUCCCAAGUUCGACAUCUCCCAGUUGAAUCCUACUUGGAAGCCGCCUCCAACUGAGUUGGGAUCGAAGGCCGAGUACUGCACUGGGAUUUGCUUUGACGUGCAAGUUCUCCGAACUAUGCUGACCAACUGGGAGAAGGCUUCGCAGCUCGAACUCUACAUUGCCAAGAUGUCGGUCCAGCUGAAACCGGUGCUUUCGGUGCGUGUGCAAACGCUCUUGCCACUUUGGUCUGGGAUGGAAGCUGCAAGCAAGAAAGCUGUCUCGCCAUCUUCCAUGUCUGCCGAAGCAAAGGUUGCCAUGAAUGCGGUUUCGACGGAGACACUGGAGGAUGUGAUGCAGAAUAAGGACAAUUUCCACAAGUUCCUGGAGACAGAGACUUGCCCUAUAUAG